CCGCCGCCGUUGGCUGGGAGAGAGUCGUGACGUAACACAGGGCCCCUCGAAGUGGGCUGGUGAGUGGCUACGUUGGGCGGGGUGUGGGAGAAGAGCGGUGACGCUUAUCGAAGCUCCGCCCACUUCCUUGGAGCGAAGAGACCCGCUGCUGAAGCUCCAGCCAAUCAGAGGAAAGGCUCCAGGAUGGCAUGGUGAUGGAACGCAGCGGAGAGGUCUGACAAGAUGUACCAGGUCCUACUGCCACUGGACCGGGAUGGGACCCUGGUCCGGCUCCGCUUCACCGUGGUGGCCCUGGUCACAGUCUGCUGUCCACUUGUCGCCUUCCUCUUCUGCAUCCUCUGGUCCCUGCUCUUCCACUUCAAGGAGACUACAGCUACACACUGUGGGGAUGUUCUCUGCAGCCUCCCAGCCCUUGGACCCCGAUGGGACCAUGUUCCGGCUCCGCAUCACCGCCAUGAUUUGGUGGGUCAUCACUUUCCCCAUGUUCGGCUUCUUCUUCUGCAUCAUCUGGUCCCUGGUGUUCCACUUUGAGUACACGGUGGCCACUGACUGUGGGGUGCCCAAUUACCUGCCUUCGGUGAGCUCGGCCAUCGGCGGGGAGGUGCCCCAGCGCUACGUGUGGCGCUUCUGCAUCGGCCUGCACUCAGCACCCCGCUUCUUGGUGGCCUUCGCCUACUGGAACCACUACCUCAGCUGUACCUCCUCGUGUCCUAGCUACCAACUGCUCUGCCGCCUCAACUUCAGCCUCAACGUCGUCGAGAAUCUUGCACUGCUAGUGCUCACCUAUGUCUCUUCUUCUGAGGACUUCAGUGGGUGCCUGGACGAGGGAAGGAGAGCGGGGAAGGGUUCGGGGAGGGGACACCCCUGCCCCGCCUUCUUCAGACCUUCAGAGGUAGGGUUUGGGUGCUCCCUGCAAUGCGUGCUCCCAACCCUCCUCUAUCCCUCCAGCCAUCCACGAAAACGCUUUCAUUGUGUUCAUCGCUGCAUCCCUCAGCCACAUGCUGCUCACCUGCGUUAUCUGGCGGCUGACCAAGAAGCACACAGUAAGUCAGGAGGUACGGUCUAUCCCGACUGGGGCUCCAGGCAGCCCGGAGGAAAAUCAAGGAGACCUGUCCUUUGGAUGCGGGUACUGGUGAGGAUCACAAGUCCUACAAGUGGAAACAGAGGCUCUUCAUCAUCAAUUUCAUCUCCUUCUUCACGGCACUGGCUGUCUACUUACGGCACAACAUGUAUUGUGAGGCUGGAGUGUAUACCAUCUUUGCCAUCCUGGAGUACACUGUUGUCCUAACCAACAUGGCGUUCCACAUGACAGCCUGGUGGGACUUCGGGAACAAGGAGCUGCUCAUUACCUCCCAGCCUGAGGAAAAGCGAUUCUAAACCUUUCUCUUCUGUGGGGAGGGGCCCACUGCCCAGAAACUAGAAACAAGAUCCCACUCUGGCCUUCCCCACUUCCUAUGUCCUCUCUAGAACCUACUGACGCUGGGGGAAGGGAGUAAGAAAGGAGGAAGGGCACAGGAUAAGGCUUUACCCAGCCCAGCAGCUUCUUUUCCUCCAUCCCACUUGAAGGCACAGGGGCCUUCAAGCAGCAUCACCCUUACGUGAGAGGCCCCCGGCUGAGCAGGCAGGAGAGCUCCACCGUCUGGUGCUAAAACAAGUCCUGAGGUUCCUAACCACCAUCCGGUUCUUGGCCUUAACAUAGCCACCUCUUGUUGAGGUCAGGGACCACUGAGCAGUGGCUGCUACCUGAAAACCACAGCCAUUCUCUCCAUGGGGUCAUUUGACUCAUGUGUCUAAUGAUUUGCUCUGCGCAUCAGGCCUGUGACCACAGUCCCCUGCUAAGGUUGCGCAGGUCUAGUCCCUGCUUCACCUCUGACUUGGUGUGUCUAUGUGGAUGACGGGGGGUGGGCAGGCUGUAGGAUUUCCAAGGGCUCUGCCAGUCUGCUUGCCAUCACCUUGCAGAGGGAGGUGGUGGUCUGUCGCGGAAGGAAGACCUGCUCCAGAAAAAGCACUGGCACAGCAUGUAUUUCCCUUCCCUUCUGAAAUCUGGCUUAUAGACUCUUCCCCCUUGGCAAAAGUGGGGUAGAGAGGUCGGAGGCAGAUUCCUACCCCAAACUGGUAUUCUCCCCAGCUAUCCUACUGUCCCAGGCCCUUGAGCUCUUUUGGUUGUACACUUUAUUUCAAAGGAAAAUAAAAUUCUUGCCAAC